AAUUUUAUUUUUCCUUUUUAAGUGAAUGCUAAAUUUCGUUCAUUGCAAUAGUCGACGUUAAAUAAAACAAUAGAAAACAAUUUAAAUAGAAUUCGGUUCUAGAAAUAACGUGCUAAGUAUGCAUUAGGCAAAACCUAAAUUCGAUAAAAGAAAACAAAAUUUUUAAACUAGUGGUACCACUAAUUUUUAAUCACCCUUUAAGCUAUGAACCAGUUCAAUUCGCUUCUGAGGACAAUGUUGCAAAGCACGCGAAAAAUUAAUCGCUUACGUUCCCUGGGCAUCGUAACAACGGGCGCUGCGGCGCUAUGCUUGGGUAUCACCGUUUAUCACAAUCAGGAUCAUCUAUUCCGCUCUUUUGUUAUGCCUGUAGUGCGUCUACUGCCUGCGGAGACCAGCCACAAUUUGGCUGUGUUGGCUUGUAAAUAUCGCCUUUGUCCAACGUCAAGCUACAUGGAUGAUAUGAAUUUGCAUAACUCAUUUUUCGGGCGUCUCAUCAGCAAUCCAAUUGGCAUCGCAGCUGGUUUCGAUAAAAACGCGGAAGCCAUUUGCGGAUUGAAAGACUUGGGAUUCGGCUUCAUUGAAAUUGGUAGUGUUACGCCUUUGGCUCAAGAAGGCAACGACAAGCCACGUGUAUUUCGCCUGAUCAACGAUCGUGCCAUCAUUAAUCGUUAUGGCUUUAAUAGUGAUGGUCACGAUGUGGUGGCGGAUCGACUACGCAAAUUACGUGAAAGAGAGGACUUCAAUGCUGUUGUCGGCGUCAACUUAGGACGCAAUCGGGACACACAAACACCGGUUAACGAUUAUGUAUCGGGAAUCAAAACAUUUGGUCCCAUGGCUGACUAUCUGGUUGUCAAUGUGAGCAGUCCUAAUACUCAUGGACUGCGAGAUUUGCAGAGCAAAUCCAAGUUGACAGAACUGCUCGAGGCAGUCAAUCAUGCACGUGCUGAACUUAAGCACAACGAGAAAGUCCCAAUUCUUUUAAAGCUAUCGCCAGAUCUGGAUUUCGAUGAUAUGAAGGACAUCGUGGCGGUCAUUAAUAAAAAGAAUUGCCGUGUGGAUGGUUUGAUUGUAUCAAACACGACUGUGGCUCGUGACAAUAUCACCGACAUAAAGUUUGUCAAUGAAAUGGGCGGCUUAAGUGGUGAACCAUUGCGGGCACGCUCCACCAUGCUGAUUGCCCAAAUGUACGAACUGACCAAGGGCAGCAUUCCCAUCAUUGGCGUUGGUGGCGUCUCCUCUGGUCAGGAUGCCUUUGAGAAAAUCGAAGCCGGUGCUUCCUUUGUGCAGAUUUAUACUGCGCUAGCCUAUGAAGGACCCGACGUUGUCGAUCGCAUUAAAGAACAGCUCUCCUCACAACUUAAGCAGCGAGGAUUCUCCAAUGUCCGGGCUGCCACGGGCUCCAACUACAAGCAAUAUUUACCAUCGAAAUAACCUAAUACAGAAUAAAAUUGUGUGUAUAUACAUA